GUAUGCGAGAACUACCAUCUGACAUUGAUGAGGGUCACAGUGGCGACAAUAGUGAUGUAAGCAGUGUCAGUGGUAGCAGCUCUGAUAGUCGGGAUGAAAGUAGGCGUGGCUCUGAUGAUGACAGUGGUGAUGAUGAUUCUAAAAAUAAAUCAUCUGACUCAGCAGACAAUAUGACAGCAAUUAUUACAGGCUUAGUUGAAAAAGGUUAUAAGGAUCAGAUAGCUUGGAUACAAAGGGGACUUAAUCGCACUGCAGAUGAUCGUGAGGAGGAAGAUGAGGAUGUAGGAGUGCCGAUAGUUCCUCUAACGGAGGAGAACGAGACAGCCAUGGAGGACAAAAUGUUUCUAUCUUUCCUUAGUAAAAUUGGUCUAGCUCCACCGGCUAAUGAACAGGAGGCAUUUUGGAGAAUCCCUGCAGAAUUAAGUGUGGCUGAGCUUCGUAAUAUUGCCUCAGGUUUAGUGUUAGAUGAAAAUAACCAUCCUGUUAAUGCAGACAGAAUUCAAAUAAAAAAAGUGGAGAGAAAAAAGAAACAAAAGAAAGAAGGAAAGAGAAAAAAGGAAAAGGUACCAAAACAGAAGAAGAAUGCCAGCAAGUUUGCUGCCUUAAAAGAAUUGGUGAAAAAGAAGUCAGAGGCUAAGAAAACAAAAAGGAUAAGAAAAAAGCCUGCUUCUGAUGAAACUGGUUCCUUGAAUGACAGGGUAGAUUCACCUGUAAGAGAGAAUAAUACUGAGAACCAGUCCAGAAAUUCUUCAAGUAAAAAGAAGAGAGUAAAGAUGGUGUCAUCCUCUGAUAGUGAUAGUGAUGAUGAUAAGUCUGUGACCAGCCAGAGAUCAGGAGUCCAGUCUACAGUUACAGGAACACAGUCUGAUAGUGAAGCCAGGACACAGUCACCAGAGAGAAGUAUGGCUGGUUCCCAGAUAUCUCAUUCAUCACAGAAAAAGAGACUGAAGAAGAUCGUUUCUUCUGAUAGUGAGAGUGAUAAUGAUGAGCCAUUGAAAAACUUAGCAACGGAGACACAGUCUAAUUCUGACUCAGAUGAUGAUGUUCCAUUGAAAAACUUAGCAACGGAGACACAGUCUAAUUCUGACUCUGAUGAUGAUGUACCGUUGAAAAAUUUAGCAACAGAGACACAGUCUGAUUCUGAUGAUGAUGUACCGUUGAAAAAUUUAGCAACAGGGACACAGUCUGAUUCUGAUGAAGAUAAGGAAAACCAGUCACAGGAUUCUAAGAGUCAGCCAUUAUCAUUUUCAUCAAGCAGUGAUGAGAGUGACCAAGAAAAUGGUUCUACAAAAGGACGAGACACCCCUUCAAGCAAGUCAGCUAGUCAGUCAAGCAAGAGGUCAAGGUCAAGUGAUUCUGAGACAGAGGUCAGCCAAGGUCAAGCUAAAAAAGCAAGAAUAAUGGAUAGUGAUAGUGAUGAUGAUAAACCAGUUCCCUCAGCCACUGAAGGUAGUUUCCCAGCAACACUAUAUACACAGGGGCAAGAGUCAGAUUCUGAUCUAGAUGAUCAUGUACCUUUGAGAAAAGUUAUACAGAAAAGGAAAAUUAUAGAAAGUGAUGAUGAUGAAUAAAACAUUUUCUACACUCAUAAAACUAUUACUUACUUUGACAUGUGCAUGUCUUGAAAACUGUAAAUAUAUGUAAACUUAUGAACACUAUAUACAUUAUAAACAAGAGUUAAUUUAUUUAUGAACGCUUGAUAUAUAGACAUGUGUUUACUUACACACACUGAAAUAUAUUGACCUGUGAACAUUGAAGUGUGUUAAGUUAUGAACAUUGAAAAGAUGACCUAUUGCAACUGUAGAGAUGGAAAUAAUUAUUAAUGUCAUUAACAAUGCAAUAUAUUGAUGAAAGGUGACAUUAUCACAAUAACGGUACAAUUAAUAAAAACUUACUUGUAGACGCACAUAUUGAUUUAACUUCCCUAGACAGUGUAAUAUUUUGAACUAAAGAAAACAUUAUCAGAAAAGUUAACUUACUUGCUAUUCUUUACCAAUAUAAAUAUUAACUUAAUUGCUAUGGUAACAUGAUUAUUAAGGGGUAAAUAAUAACGUUGUUUACAAAAAUUUUCUUUUAGGUUUCUUUUUUUAAAAAAACAACAUAUUGCUUUCUGCUUGAAAUUGUGGGAAAUUGAAAUAUUUGAUGUCUUUCCUGAGAUCUUUUUUUUUUGAAUAUUUACAUAGGUGUUACCAGAAUGUGUUCAUUUGUAUUACCAGAUUGUGUUCAUUUGUAUUACCAGAAUGUGUUUAUUUGUAUUAUCACAAUAUAUACAUUGGUAUUACCAGAAUGUGUUCAUUUGUAUUACCAGAAUGUGUUUAUUUGUAUUAUCACAAUAUAUACAUUGGUAUUACCAGAAUGUGUUCAUUUGUAUUACCAGAAUGUGUUUAUUUGUAUUACCACAAUAUAAACAUUUGUA